AUGGAGUUGGACGACGCCCCCUCUCAGCAUCAGCUCCCAGCAGCGGGAGGCGUUGUUCUGCUUGUAGACGAUGACAACCUAAGCAUCGAGGAGCGCCGUCUCGCUGCAAUGUACAGCGAAGAAGAGCUCGAUAUGAUGCCGCCUCCAGGCUUCGAGUUGGGUCCGGGGGGCAGCCAUGGCCAGGGCGGCGCCGACGUCGAUCUCGAAUGGGCCAGCUUGGUGGCUGUGUCUCUCGGCGUGGACGUGCCGGUCUUGGGCAGCGCCGCCGCCCCCGUCAAUUCCUUGCCCGGUACUGCGAUUAUGGAGGAGGCGUACGCGCACGGCGGCUUCGGGGCCUUGCCGGCCUCCGGCUAUUCGGUCGCCACGCUGGAGACGCGCAAGCAUGAUGCCGGCGACGGCGGGUGUGUGAUCUGCAUCGAGGAGUACGAGGUUGGCGAGGAGCUGAGCGUGGUGCCGUGCGAGUACAGGCACGCGUUCCACCGGAGCUGUCUGGAGCAGUGGUUGGCACAGAGCCGCCUCUGCCCGCUCUGCCGCCACGCGCUGCCCGCCAAGGGGGACGAGCGAUGGGCUUAG